UCUUCACCUGGCACGGCUGUUUGAGCGAAGCUCGGGAGAGGGGCCUCAUCUGUGCUCGCCUCUGUGUCUGUGCUCUGCCGACUGUAGGGGAAGACAUCCACUCGCUUUUUCCAUGACACCUUUCGGAGAUCCAGGUUGGACCCCACCAUCUUGACAUAAUUCCAGCCUUGCAAAUUAGGGGUGGGGAGAAGCAAGCCAGUGGAGGAUGUACCCUCCGUCGCCUGGAAAGUGAGCUGUGCGUCUCACUUUUCCCUGGAUGUUCCUUUGGACUCUGACUGCCUCCUUCGUUCCUCGACUCCUCGCUCGCCCCUGGAUUCUGACGCCUCUCUCUCUGAGACUGACUUUAGCUCCGCCCCCAGGAACAUUUUUUUUGUGUUUUUUCCUCCUCUUUUUUUGCCCCUCUCAGGAUGUCUUUUUCUUUUACCUCCACCCUGGACAAUUUUCUAGCCCUCCUCAACACUCCUUCAAGGGACUGUUUAACUCCAAUAUGGGGAUGGAGGAAUAUACCUGUCGCCUGGACACCCUCCUCCUACCCUUAGUGACUGUUUCUCAGCCAGCAAGAAGCAUCUGCCAUCCGCUUUCGCAGGGGGGAUUGUACUGGUGGCUGUGCUGGUGUGGUGGCGCAGCUGCACCCAGACAGGCUACCCCCUGCCAGACUAAUUCCACCUGUCUUCCGCUUUUCCCAGCCGCAGCCACCAGCCCCCUGGCUAGCCUCCGAGCUAGCACCAGUUCCCAAGCUAGCCUCCGAGCUAGCACCAUUUCCCAAGCUAGCCUCCGAGCUAGCACCAGCCCCCAGGCUAGCCUCCGAGCUAGCACCAGUCCCCAAGCUAGCCUCCGAGCUAGCACCAGUCCCCAGACUAGCCUCCGAGCUAGCACCAGUCCCCAGGGUAGCCCCCGCGUCUCCACCAGCUCCCAGGCUGGCCCCGACCUCUGCCCCUCGGCCAGCAGCGCCAACCUUUGCCCCUCUGCCAGCAGCGCCGACCUCUGCCCCUCGGCUGGCAGCACUGGCUUCAGCACCUCGGCCAACUCCUCAGCUGCCCUCCUCGUCUCCGGCGCCGAUGACGUCUGCCGCUUCCAUGCCGCUGAUGACGUCUGCCGCUUCCACGCCGCCGAUGACGUCCGCCGCUUCCACGCCGAUGACGUCCGCUGCUUCCACGCCAAUGACGUCCGCUGCUUCCACGCCGAUGACGUCCGCUGCUUCCACGCCGCUGAGGUCCGCUGCUUCCACGCCGCCAAUGUCCGCUGCUUCCACGACGGCGUCUUCCUGUUCCUCUUCGCCUCAGACGACAAUGUGCCCUCCUCUUCGUGUCCGGCGGACCGUACCACGGCACCACCAUCCUCUUCGUUUCCAGCGUCCCGCACCACGGCGCCACUCGCGUCCGCCUUCCCGACAGUCAAGAAGUCGACCGUUCCUUGGUCGUCCACCUCGCCGGCCGCAGCGGCGGUCUACUCGCCGCCGCCACCAGACUCGUCCCCGGUAGAUUCGGGAACACUUGGGCCGGCGACCCACCACCAGUUCACCCCUCCGCCCUCCCUUGACUUUUGUUCUUGUUUUUUUGGGGGUUCGACUUCUAGGACAUCUGUAUGCUGUCCAUAGGGGGGGACACUGUCACGGCCAGGGCGCAUUCCAAUGCGUCCUCAUCUGUGCCUCAUGACGAGCGCACCGCGGGCCACGCCCACAUGCGCUCUAGCUCCGCUGACAGCGUGCUCGGACACGCCUCUGCUCACGCUGAGAGCAGCACUCCCACGCAGCUACAAGCCUGCAGACGAUUGUCAAUCUACACAGCAGGAAUUGAUGAAGGCGAGCUGCUUAAAGGACCAGUGGACCCAGGGAUCCUUGCGGGAACUUAGUUCUCAAAUGGUGUACCGUAAGCGACAAGCUUUAUGCUCUAUUCUUGUUUCCUUUCCAUGGCUUGAUUUGUCCCUUGUCUUCUCCCGUGUCCCCGCAGUACCCUCCGUCGCCUGGAAAGUGAGCUGUGCGUCUCACUUUUCCCUGGAUCUCCCUCUGGACUCUGACUGCCUCCUUCGUUCCUCGACUCCUCGCUCGCCCCUGGAUUCUGACGUCUCUCUCUCGCCUCGGAUCAUCUGCCUGCCCCAUGGACUUCCGUGUUCUUUCGCUCUCACCAACAUUUUGCGGUAAAACCCUCCAGUUAAAUACUACACAUAGUUUUACACCAUACACACUCUUGGAUCUAGUUCACACUCCAUUUCCUUAGUUGAUAUUAUUAUCCAUCUAUCCAUUUUCUACUGCU